ACUUCCAAAGUUCCCAUUUAUUCCAUCUUCCUCUCAGGUCUAACCAAAGCCCAACAAACCACCACCUCGGCCAUGGCAACCACCCUCGCCACCGACGUCCGCCUCUCCAUCGCGCACCAGACCCGCUUCGCCCUCCGUCUCGCCUCCACCAUCUCAUCCAACCCUAAGUCUGCUGCCAGCAAUGCCGCCUUCUCCCCGGUCUCCCUCCACUCCGCACUUAGCCUCCUCGCCGCUGGUGCGGGCAGUGCCACUCGGGACCAACUCGUCGCCACACUCGGGACAGGCGAGGUCGAGGGACUCCACGCGCUCGCCGAGCAAGUGGUCCAGUUCGUGCUCGCCGACGCGUCCUCCGCUGGAGGUCCGCGUGUCGCCUUCGCCAACGGCGUCUUCGUGGACGCGUCGCUGCUCCUCAAGCCAUCCUUCCAAGAGCUUGCAGUGUGCAAGUACAAGGCCGAGACCCAAUCCGUGGACUUCCAAACUAAGGCCGCUGAAGUUACUACUCAAGUGAACUCAUGGGUAGAGAAAGUCACAAGCGGUCGCAUCAAGAACAUUCUCCCAUCAGGAUCUGUUGACAAUACCACUAAACUUGUUCUUGCCAAUGCCCUUUAUUUCAAAGGAGCUUGGACAGAUCAGUUUGAUUCAUAUGGAACAAAAAACGACUACUUCUACCUUCUUGAUGGGAGCUCAGUUCAAACACCAUUCAUGUCCAGCAUGGAUGACGACCAAUACAUUUCGUCUUCUGAUGGGUUGAAGGUACUUAAGCUUCCUUACAAGCAAGGUGGGGACAAUAGGCAGUUCUCCAUGUAUAUCCUUCUUCCAGAAGCACCGGGUGGUCUCUCGAGCUUGGCCGAAAAAUUGAGUGCUGAACCAGACUUCCUGGAGCGGCAUAUCCCAAGGCAGAGGGUUGCAAUUAGGCAAUUCAAGCUCCCCAAGUUCAAGAUAUCAUUUGGAAUUGAAGCAUCUGAUUUGCUCAAAUGCUUGGGCCUCCAGCUUCCAUUCAGCGAUGAAGCCGAUUUUUCGGAGAUGGUGGAUUCCCCAAUGCCACAAGGUCUUCGUGUCUCAUCUGUUUUCCACCAAGCGUUUGUGGAAGUGAACGAACAAGGAACUGAGGCUGCAGCAUCAACUGCUAUUAAAAUGGUCCCGCAACAGGCAAGGCCGCCCUCGGUCAUGGAUUUCAUCGCGGAUCACCCUUUCCUCUUCCUUCUCCGGGAAGACAUCUCUGGUGUGGUCCUAUUCAUGGGUCAUGUGGUCAAUCCCCUCUUAUCUUGGUAAUGUGUUUGCUCUGAAAGUGCGUGUUGUCGGUUGCCUCAGCCAUUACAUGUAAUGGAAGGGUUUCAACCGUCAGCCAUGUUAUCCAUACAAUAAAUCCAAUAAAUGGUUCUGCUAAGACAUCCAAUAUAUAAAUUGCCUUUUAAUAA